AUGGAGUGGGAUAGCGAAAGUGCACUACAGGGUUUUUUAAUAACGAUGAUCGUCUGUACAGUAUCCAGUGUGCUUUAUUUUAUGUUCAGGAAUACUCUGUUCCCUCACCGUAUUCCUGUCCAUCAAGAUUCAGAAAACUUAGCUCGCAGGAGAAAAAAAAAUGACGCAAAAAAGUCGAGGAAAGUUAAAAAACGGAAAGUGGUUGAUUCUCAACAAACUGAAGAAAUAGAAACAGACAAAACUCAAACGUCAGACGACACAACUGGUGAGGAGGAUGAACAUCUAUCAGACGUGCCUCUUGACGAUUAUUCAUCAAGUAGCAGUGAGCAGUCAGUUGAAAGACCUAUUCAGCCGGUGGUAUAUGAAGAUAACUGUGGUAAAGAAGAACUCAUUGAUACUUCUACUCCCAUGAUCGAACAAUCUUAUGUCGAAAGUCCCAGUUUAGAAUUUUCACAAUCUACAUUAAAUAGAAAUCAGAGUGAGGAUUCAGAUUCCAUCGUUUCUCCAGGUUCUUCAAAACUUAGUCCAACCACAGAUAUUCUGUCUCCAGUAAAUGAUUCAAAAGCUCCUCUCACUAAGUCUAAAAAGUCAAAGCGUCGUUCAGGCAAGCGGUCAGUUAGAUGUGCGGAUUUGCCUAAAGCCAUAUUUGUUGAGCCUACUAACGUGGAACAUUCAUCAAAAUCAUUAGAAAUAUCGAGAACUGACUGUGCUAAACCAUAUGAAAUGGGUGGAAAACAGGAGUCAUCAAGUGACUCUACAUCAGCAUUGGAGUUGCGCACGACAAUCAAAGAAUUAGAAGGACAAUUAAAGAUUAGUGAAACCAAGCUGGCUGAAACCUCCCAGUGGGCGAAUUGUCUAGUUGAAGAAAACAAGCAUUUUCGUACGAAGAAAGAUGAAUCUUCUCUAAGUUUACAUGUGCUGCAAAUGCAAUAUAAUGAACUCUUAAGAACGAAUAAAACACUCGAACACCAGAAGAACUUGCUGAAUGUAAAGUUAAAAAAUACUGAAACUGAAAACUGUGAUCUGCAAAAACGUUUAGAUCAGACAAAUGCAGAUACUUUAAAGAUAAAAAAAGAGGCUGAAUUGGAAUUGUCUAAUUUGCGAGAACAGUUAACAAAACAUGAGACUCAAUUAACUGCAAUGGCUAAGGCUAUGGCUGCUUCUACUCCAUCGAUUCCUACUGGUCCUAUACCAGAACUUAUUCGUGCUCAGGAAUUAGCGCAAGCUAUGUCCAAUGACAACUGCUUGUUAAAAUCACGUAUUGAACAAUUAGAUUCAGAAUUAACCCAAUUGCGCCAAACAAAUAUUAGGCAACAACAAGAUUUACAGGUUUUCCGGGCUGAAAACCAUAAAUUGCAUACAGAAAAAGAAACAGCUCUGGAAGAAUUACGUAUUAAACGGCAAGCAGAACAAGUAGAAAAUGAUACUGUACAUAUGGAGUUAAAACGUCGAUGUCAUGAAUUAGAACUAGAGAAACAGAAAAAUCAGGAGUUGUCUAUUUCUCUUUCUGAGGUAAGAGCUGAACUAUCACGAAGUUUACAAAAAGAAAAACGUCAAUCUGAAAUUAUUAGUAGUCUUGAAUAUCAGUUUGCUGAAUUGAAUGUACAAAAACAAUGCCUACUCGAUAAUGCUAAUCAAUCGAAAAUAGCUUAUGAAACAGCAUCUAGUGAAUUAAGAGCACAAGUGGCAAAUUUAUCCAAUGAUUUAAUGCGUGUUACUAAUGAAUUAAAUAAUAGUGAACAAAAAGUUUAUGAAUUAACAUACCAGCUAGAAUCUACAGCAAAAUCAUCCAGUAAUAAUAGUGAUUUAAAUGGUGAACCAAUCAUAAUUAAUAUUAAAUCAGACGAAAUCUGUAUUAAUAAACAAGAUGAACAACAUAAAAAUGAAUUAUUACAUAAUAAUAGUAAUGAUAAUAUAUAUGAAGAUUUACGUAAUCGAUUAUCCGAAGUUGAAAAUAAUCUCAAUUCCGCUGAAAAAGAACGUGCCACAUUUUACAAUCUUUAUCGAUCUGCAUUAAAUGAAGUGGAUCAUUACAAGUUAACUUUAAUACAAACUGAAGAAGUUUUAGCGAAAUUAGAAGAAUCUGUUAAACAGACAGAAAGUAAAUGGCGUCAACUUUUAUCAGAAAGUGAAUUUGAACAGAUCCAACUUCGUAAACAAUUGUCAGAAUCUCAAUCAAUGUUGAAAGAUAUUACAGGAAAACUGAACCAAGCCGAUGAAGAAGUACCUACACUAAAAAAUUCUAAUGUUGGAAAGAGGCAAAAGAAGUCAAAAGCACGUAAACCAACAGAUUCAGUAGCUGGAUUGAAUACAGAAAAAACUUCAGAGAAUAUUCAACCUACCGAAUAG